UCCAUGUGCAUGGUUUGUGUAGAAUGUGUGUGUCAUAUACAAUAUAACAAUAAAGAAAGAGUUUCAUUUAUUAAUAUGAUGAAAUCAAAAAGUGAGUAGGAUCUAUUCUGCAUCUGCUAUAUUAUAAUAUACUCUCUCCACAUGCAUCUUUCAACUUACAAUAAUAAUAAUCAAAUAAAACAAAACACUCUCAUCACCUUAGAUACUUCCUCUUGAUCCCAUCUAUCACAAGAGUCAUUCUUUUAUGUUUUCGACGAAAGCUUUCGAUUUUUUGUAUUAGAACUAAAGGGUUAUGUUAUGUUAUGCUGUGCUGAUGUAAGAAGAAAAAAUGGAGCAUGUUAUGCAGCAAGGUCGUUCUCUUGCUGAGACACCUACUUAUUCAGUUGCUUCUGUUGUUACUGUCAUGGUUUUUGUUUGCUUCUUGGUCGAGCGUUCUAUUUACCGCUUCGGAAAGUGGUUGAAGAAGACAAGAAGGAAGGCACUUUUUGCUUCGCUCGAGAAAAUUAAAGAAGAGCUGAUGCUGCUUGGGCUAAUCUCGUUGUUGUUGGCACAAAGUGCGAGAUGGAUCUCUGAAAUUUGUGUAAAUUCAUCGCUUUUCAGCAGUCGAUUCUAUACUUGUGCUGAACAUGACGUUGGCGUGAUUGAGAAUGUCAUGAUUCAAAACUCUUCCUCUUUCUCUGAUGAAACUAGUAUUCCAAAGGGGCUAAAUAGGGUUGCACUUCAUCAAUGUGGAGAGGGUCAUGAACCAUUUGUUUCAUACGAGGGUCUCGAGCAGCUUCACCGGUUUUUAUUUGUUCUCGGGAUCACUCAUGUUCUGUAUAGUGUUCUGGCUGUUGGUUUAGCGAUGAGCAAGAUCUAUAGUUGGUGCAGAUGGGAAAAUCAGGCUACUAUGGCUAUUAUCGACGGAAAUUUGCAAGGAAAGAAAAACAAGGUGAUGAGGCGGCAAACAACGUUUGUUUUCCAUCACACGUCUCAUCCGUGGAGCAGGAAUCCAAUACUAAUAUGGAUGUUAUGUUUUCUGCGCCAGUUUAGAAGUUCUAUACAAAAAUCAGAUUACCUUGCACUUCGUCUCGGUUUCAUUACUGAACAUAAAUUGCCACUAUCAUAUGAUUUUCAUAAAUAUAUGGUUCGAAGCAUGGAAGAUGAAUUUCAUGGCAUUCUAGGAAUAAGCUGGCCGCUUUGGAUUUAUACUAUAGUCUGCAUCUUUGUAAACAUCCAUGGUCUGAAUAUAUACUUCUGGUUCUCCUUUAUACCUGCAAUUCUUGUGAUGGUAAUAGGUACAAAACUUCAACAUGUUGUAUCCACUUUAGCACUUGAAAUCAGGCAGCAUCAGGGUCCAUCUGCCAGUACACAAGUAAAGCCGCGCGACGGUCUUUUUUGGUUCAACAAACCAGAUAUUUUGUUAUGGCUGAUACAAUUUGUGAUAUUUCAGAAUGCCUUUGAAAUGGCUUCAUUUAUUUGGACAUUGUGGGGAUUUAAAGAACAGUCAUGCUUCAUGAGACAUCAUUACAUGAUCAUCAUUCGGUUGACAUCAGGAAUUCUUGUUCAAUUCUGGUGUAGCUAUAUGACAGUACCCCUCAAUAUAAUAGUUUCACAGAUGGGAUCUCGAUGUAAGAAGGCGCUAGUGACCGAAAGUGUUAGAGAAUCCUUACACAGUUGGUGUAAGAGAGUAAAACAGAAGUCUAAGCACGAUCAUUCUCUUCGCUCGCACACGGCUAGAUCAAUAUGUUCCCUAGAAUCAACAAUCGAUGAGAGGGAUGAGAUAACUAUCGUAUCCGGGACGCUGACUCGAACAACUUCAUUAGACUUAGAGUCUUUGAAUCAGAUGACAGUAACUUCAGUAGACCAGUUGAAUUUUGUGACUUCUAACAACCUCCAUGACUCAACUGAUUUUUCCAAAUCCAGACAUAUUAAUUCACAUUACAAUGAUGUUGGCGACAGAGACGAGACUAAAGUCGAAACUCUUCAAGAUUUGUUUCACAAAACAUGAUCAAUUUUAAGUGUCAUAUGUAUUUAAAUUUCUACUGCAUAACAGACUAGAAUCCUAUAUAGUUUAGUAUAGAUGUGCAAAUCAUUCUUGAACUCUAUCAAACAUAGAUGUAUAUUAUAUAUCACAUUACUAGAAUCAAUAAAUUUAGCAUCAUAAUCA